AAAUGUUACACAUCGCGCAAUGCAGUCAGGCAAGUACUGCUCUAGGGUCCAGUAGCAGCAUGCUUUACACCACUGCAUCCGAUGCUUGCUUUGCACUUGGUGAUAUAAGGCUUGGAUGCAGCUACUGGGCUAUGGAAACCCAUUCCAUGAAGCUCUCUAAGCACUGUUGUUGUGCUAAUCUGGAGGCCACACACAAUUUGGAGGUCUUUAGCUAUUGACUGCAGACAGUUGACAACUUCUGUGCACUGUGCGCUUCAGCAUGCCCUGACCCCACUCUGUCAUUUUAGGUGGCCUACCACUUCGUGGCUGAGUUGCUGUUGUUCCCAGUUGCUUCCACUUUGUUAUAAUACCACUAACAGUUGACAGCAGAAUAUAGCAAAGAAAUUUCACGGAUGGACAUAUUGCACAGGUGGCAACCUAUCACGGUACCAAGUUUGAAUUCACGGAGCUCCUGAGAGCGAUCCAUUCUUUCACAAAUGUUUGUAGAAGCUGUCUGCAUGUGUAGGUGCUUUAU